UCUCACCAUUGUCAAACAUACAUUCAUUUGCAUUUAUUGGAAAUACGACUGCCAUGAAUAGCAUUAUGGAGAAUAUUGAUGUCAAAGAACUUCCUGCUAAAAGAAGAGAGAUUGAAGAAGCAUUGAAGAACAACAACUUGCCCAUAGCUGCAGGCAUGAUUCAAGAGUAUUUGAAGGAGUUUAAUAAUGUGGAGCUGAAUAUUGCUGUCACAGGAGAGACGGGCUCUGGUAAAUCUACCUUUGUCAAUGCAUUCAGAGGCAUGAAGGAUAAUGAUGACGGCGCUGCUCCAACUGGUGUGGUGGAAACCACCAUGGAGGCAAAGGCUUACUCCCACCCAAAAUACCCAAAUAUGCAAGUUUGGGAUCUCCCUGGUAUUGGCACCGCUACCUUCAAACCAGAAGAGUACCUUCAGAAAGUUGAAUUCGAUCGCUUUGAUUUCUUCAUCAUAGUCUCAUCAGAGCGAUUCAGAGCCAAUGACAUUUCUCUGGCCAAGGAGAUCCAAAAGAUGAAGAAGAAUUUCUACUUCGUUCGCUCCAAGAUUGAUAACGACAUGAGGGCUGAGGAGAGAAAAGAGAAGUUUGACAAGGCUAAGACACUGGAAACAAUCAGACAAUACUGCAUCAAAGGGCUUGAGGAUCAGGGUCUGGGCUCUCCUAAGGUCUUUCUCAUCUCCGGUUUUGACUUAGGUCUCUACGAUUUCCCUGACCUUGAGGAGACAAUGGAGAAAGAGCUUCCUGACCACAAGAGGUGCUUUAUGAGAGGGUACACUCCACCACCGGAAAGAUGCUGUCGGAGCUCAAAGUGCACGGUAUGCUAAGUGAGACAACGUGUCCCAAUGCUUGGCACUGUGGGAAUGUCUUCACUACUACCUACUGACCUCCACACUUAAAAACCUGAGUCAGGAUGUAGAAAGAGUGAUGGGCGUAGCACUUGAGAUACCUGUCACUGAGUAGACCGAUGGUCAGUCAGUUAUUAAAAUAUUUUACCACUCACUAAAAAUACAUGCAAAAGGGUUGAUCUGACAUCUGUUUUUUAUAUUUUGCGUAAUGAAACAAAUGCAGAGUGACAUUUACUGCUUUUGGGGUUACUUAUUUACACCAGUCAAUUAAAUAUAAAUUAUUAUGAUGUAUUCUGUACAUUUAGUGAAGGCAAUUUGUAAGUGUGAUUUCAUUGUUAUGACUUUCUCUUUACAGUGAUCAAAAAUAAAUGUUCAAUGUUC